AGAUCGAUGCUGGGCAAACGCGGUGCAGAUCGACGGUGUUCGCGUAGCGACGCGGGAUUCUCAGCACCCACGACACUACUUAUGCUGUUGGCACGCAGACCUUUGCCGCCUUGAGGUACCAUGCCGUUCGCAGCGGUGCUAUGGUGGAAUGCUGCGUCCGUCGCGGAUUGCGCUAGCGGAGGCGGCGAAAAGGCACGUCCGCCGCCAGGUGGACCGGCUGCUGGAUGCUGCGGAUGCGCAGCGCCGUACACGGCAGCUUGGAAGUCGGCGCGAGACGAAGCGCCGGACGUGCUGCCGAAUGAAGCGGAUGAAGGGCGGUGCAAUAGUGACGGGCCGUUGAAUGCCUCUGCGCGUGGUGAAAUGUUGUUCAUGCCGAGACCUCCUCCACCACCACCACUACCGCCGCCCGCGGAACUGCUGCCAUCGCUGUAAACGGAUUGAGCCAUACCGUGGUUUCCCUGACCACCUGCCGCGACGGAGGAUGCAGUACUUGAGCGGCGGUCGUACUCGAUCGAAGAAGGGGCGUAAGAGGAUUGAUGCGACAUUGGCGCGGCUCGCAUGUAAGGCGGUUGCACGCCCAUCGUCGCUCCGGCUGGCGGCGCUGCUUGUGGGUAGGCUCCCUGAGGGUAUGCAGCGGCAAGGUGCGGAGCGCCAUAGUUGGGAUGAUGCAAAGAGGCGGCAGAUGGUGCUCGAUCCGGAAGGUACCCUGCAGGAUAGCGUACAGGCCCGUAACCUGGCCCUCCUGCCGGUGCUGGCACUCCACCUGGCCCUGGUGGUACCUGUGCAUGCAUGCCGUUCGCAUGUACACUUGCCACGCUGUUCCACCUCUGUGGCAGCACUGUUGGAUGUGCGUAUCCCGCUGACGGCGCAGCAUACUGUGGAUUCAUUUGUGGGUGGCCCCCAUGCAUCGGGUUGCCAUACUGGACUACCCCAGGUGGAGGCGGUGGUGCUCCGACAUGAUGGCCAGGCGGCGCCGACGGCCCUUUUGGCUUGGCAGUCGGGCGCCCAAAGAUAUUCUCAUACGCUGUUGUCCGCUUGUCCGGACCUGCAUAGGAGGGUGGCAUCCUGAAUGUGAUGGAGCCCUACGCCUUUGCCCGCUGCCCGUGAUGCAACCUCCGAAAUUCUUCCUGGCCCAGAGAAGGAAACGCCUGUGAGGACGCGUGCUUAUCAGAGCACGCCGACGUCCCCGUCAGGAAGGGUCACUCUGAGACCCUCAGAGUAACUCCGGCCCGCGGAUGAUUAGAGCAUUGAACGACGCAGGUAAACAGCCGCUGGCGCUUGGUGGGAAGAGUGGACGAGGACACAGCGCGAUAUGCUAAGAUCCCAAGCGUCAAGGCGUU